UUUAAUUAUGUUUAUGUUUAGGUACCAACAGUAUAAGAGAGAACUUCUAGAAAUUUUCCUCCUCACUACGGAAUAAUACCAUUUUUUUGGCAUAAAGCAAAUUUUUAAAGCUAAUAAAUUAAAAAAAAAAACUUUUUUUAAAUCUUUAAAUCCUUAACUUAAAAAAAAAAAUUACGCGCCAUCCAUAAAUUGCAAUAAUCGAUAGAAGUCAAUCGAUCAAUGGCCUCAUCUCUAAUGAAAAAGCUCGCAAAUUUUAUCAUGAUCAUAAAAUACAACUUAAGCAAGUGUAAUAGAAUCAUAGACCAAUUUAAAGCGACCCAUUCGGCUUAGCCAUCUCCAAAUAAUUGUUGAGUUUGAAGGCCAGGGUAUUUCACACAAAUAAUUAGGUUGGAGACUUGUAAGUUUGUAUCCCUCAAAAUUCCAUAAAAAAAAAUUGUUAAAUUGUUAAAAAAUUGUUUAAAAAAUGGCUAUGAUGUUUGGUGAAAAUUAUCUUAUCUUAAAUGAUAAACUCAACAUGCAAAUUUAUCUUAUCUUACAUGAUAAUUAGCUUAGCUGACAUGACAAACUCAUCAUAAUAUUAUUUGAAUUUGAAGACAGUUGAAAUCAUGUCGCGCUCUGAGAAGAUUGACAAUCCCAACGAGAGUCUUGUUAUACCAAAAUGGUUGAACGAAUCAAAGUUUAAGUCUUUGCUGGCAAAGGAUGAGCCCGAAUAUACCAAGAUUCUUCAGUUAACUACAGUGGCCGCCGUGCCGCCUGGUGGUAAUUUUACAUCAAUAAUGAUUCGUGUGUACUUGGAAUUAGAAAUGAACAGUGGAACUUCGAAAAGGAAAACAUAUGUGGUCAAAACCACUUUGGACAUAGAAAAGGGCGGCAGGGCGGUGAAUAAGAUGCGUUACUUCCAAAAGGAGCAGCAAAUGUACUCCACUUAUUUGCCCGAGUUCGAGAAAAUCUAUUGCGAGGCUGGUAGACCUUUAAAGCUGGUGCCCAAAUGCCUGGAAAUCGGAGAGAUGCAGGGAAAUCUAUAUUUCAUAUUUGAGGAUCUUUCAGCGCAGAACUAUGAGUGUGCAGAUCGAAACAAGGGAGUCAAUAUGGAGCAUUUGCGUCUGUCGCUUCGAAAAUUGGCUGAACUCCAUGCAGCGAGUGUAAUUUAUAAAGAUCGAAAUGGACCGUAUCCCAUUGAUUUCGAGCAUGGAUUCGCCAAAAUAGACAAUAUCGAGCACAGCGUUAAAAGCUUCGAAACAAAGUCUCCGGAAUACAAGGCAGCCAUGCAAACUUGGGGCAUGGAUGAGUGUUAUCUCAGGAAUUAUCCCACUCCAGAGCAGUACCGAAAAAUCUGCCUGGAAUCCCUUGAAGUGGACUCAAAGGACUUCAAUGUCCUCACUCAUGGCGAUUUUUCGGCUAGCAAUAUUCUGUACAAAUACGAUGAAAAGGGCAACGUAAGUGAGGCCCUUCUACUGGACUUCCAGCUCGGCAAAUGGGGUAGCCCGGCCCAGGAUCUGCUGAUGAUGAUAAUUAUUUCAGCGGAGAAGGACUUGCGCUAUAAGGAGUUUGAUAAUUUUAUCAGAAUCUACUGGGAAUAUCUUAUUGACUGCUUGACCCUGCUAAGGUACGAAAAACCGUUUCCACAACUGAGAGAGCUGCAAUCUGCCAUUUAUAAGAAAAACAACACACUCUAUGCUGUUUUUGCCGUAAUGAAUCACUUGCCCGGUCAUUUGCUACCCAGUUCCAAAGAAAGUAAUUUGCAUAACCUACAAUCCCAAGAAGAAGUGGGCAGGAAGUAUCGAGUUCGAUCCUACACCAACCCUACCUUUGUAGAAAUCAUUAGAGAGUUGUAUCCCUUCUGCUGCAACCGCGGACUCUUCAAUUUCGAAGACUUUGAGUGACUGCAAGUUCAUUCAUCUUGCGAUGCUGUUUGCAUGCGACUCGAUUAAAUAAAUUGUGUGCGAAUAUUGA